GCAUCCAGUUCCAGGGACCCUAGGUUUUUCUAUGGGAUUCCCAAUCUGCAGCAGACUUACCGGAGCGCGUUGCGGCGGCGGCUGGACUUGCAAGGCGCGAUCCUAGAGGGAUUUAAGCAGCCUGGAGCUCCGGAGACAAAAAGAGCGCGAGAGAACCACACACAGAGCCGGCUUAACCGUUUAUCCGAAUUAAAUAUAUACACAUAUAGUUAUUUCUAAAGAACUGUUGAGUUUUAUCAUUGUCGUUAAGUGACCGUGCGCAGCGCUAUAACUGCAAAAUGGGGAAACAGAAUAGCAAACUGGCCCCCGAAGUGAUGGAGGACCUGGUGAAGAGCACAGAGUUUAAUGAGCAUGAACUCAAGCAGUGGUACAAAGGGUUUCUCAAGGACUGUCCAAGCGGGAGGCUGAAUCUCGAGGAAUUUCAGCAGCUCUAUGUGAAGUUCUUCCCGUAUGGAGACGCCUCCAAGUUUGCCCAGCACGCCUUCCGAACCUUUGACAAGAAUGGGGACGGCACCAUCGACUUCCGAGAGUUCAUCUGCGCCCUGUCCAUCACCUCCAGGGGCAGCUUUGAGCAGAAGCUGAACUGGGCCUUCAACAUGUACGACCUGGACGGUGACGGCAAGAUCACGCGGGUGGAGAUGCUGGAGAUCAUCGAGGCAAUCUACAAAAUGGUGGGCACCGUGAUCAUGAUGAAAAUGAAUGAGGAUGGCCUCACGCCCGAGCAGCGAGUAGACAAGAUUUUCAGCAAGAUGGAUAAGAACAAAGACGACCAGAUUACCCUGGAUGAAUUCAAAGAAGCUGCGAAGAGCGACCCUUCCAUCGUAUUACUUCUGCAGUGCGACAUUCAGAAAUGAGCGAAGGUCAACGUUACGGACUGCGCAAAAGUCUCAAUGUUCCAUUCAGUCUGCAGCUAUUCACACACACACACACACACACACACACACACACACACACUCUCUUGCUUGGACUACCUAUAAAUGGACUUGCUUCUUGUGUUUGAAACACUUGUGUGCAUGAGAAUGUCAUUUGCUAAUGAAUUUUAAAAAGCAUAUAUUAUAAAACAAACCAGCCACAAUGUGAUAUGUGUAAUAUCAUUUCAUAAAAAAAAACAAACAAAAAACCUUCCUCCUCCAAAGCCUGGGCAGAAAUGUGCUGCAAAGAGUUAUAUGAUUUCUUGUUUGUGUUUUGCUAAUGCUCGUGUCUCCUUGAUUACAUGGUGUUAGUGGCACUGAGAUCCCCCACAGUAAUGUAACUGAAUUAGAAGCUGUGUCACCAUCUCCUGUAAAAUAGUACUGGACACACACACAGAGCGGCCCUUGGCUCCUCGGUGUGGUCCCCACACAAGAGCUUGUAUUCCCAGUGAAUAGAAAUGUACAUUUGCAUGCCUUUUAGGUUUGCCUUAAUUCUUACCUCAUUUGCAUCCUAUCGACCUGGAAAGAGCUGUGUUGGAAUUAAUGUAGUGUAAAACUUAAAAACCCUGCUAAAUGACUCAUUAAUUAAGCAUAUCUAUCUAUAUAUACAUAUACACAAAGAUAUUAUUUAUUGAAAGUAAAAAAAAAGGAUGUGUAUUGAUUUCUGCUUGAAUUUUCAAAGGCUUCCAAAGAAGUGGCAAUAGAUGUCCCAAAUAAAUUUAUAACAUUUGA